GGAAGAGAAGUAAAACUCAACAAAAUUUUAUUAUGUGUGGAAUUCCUUCUUAAAAGAAGAAAAAAGUGAUUAUUGAGACUAUGGAUCGGAGCAAACGGAAUUCAAUUGCAGGCUUUCCUCCACGUGUGGAGCGUCUUGAAGAUUUUGAAGGAGGUGGUGGAGGAGAUGGGAACAUGACCCAAGUGGGAAGAGUUUGGCCAUCUUCAUAUCGAGCUCUUAUAAGUGCCUUUUCUAGACUGACGCGUUUAGAUGACUUCACCUGUGAAAAAAUAGGGUCUGGCUUCUUCUCUGAAGUGUUCAAGGUGCGCCACCGAGCUUCUGGCCAGGUGAUGGCUCUUAAGAUGAACACAUUGAGCAGUAACCGGGCAAACAUGCUGAAAGAAGUUCAGCUCAUGAAUAGACUCUCCCAUCCCAACAUCCUUAGGUUCAUGGGUGUGUGUGUACAUCAAGGACAAUUGCAUGCACUUACAGAGUAUAUCAACUCUGGAAACCUGGAACAGUUGCUAGACAGUAACCUGCAUUUGCCGUGGACUGUGAGGGUGAAACUGGCCUAUGACAUAGCAGUGGGCCUCAGCUACCUUCACUUCAAAGGCAUUUUCCAUCGAGAUCUCACAUCUAAGAACUGCCUGAUAAAGAGGGAUGAGAAUGGUUACUCUGCAGUGGUAGCUGACUUUGGCCUGGCUGAGAAGAUUCCUGACGUCAGCAUGGGGAGUGAGAAGCUGGCCGUGGUGGGCUCACCCUUCUGGAUGGCACCUGAGGUUCUCCGAGAUGAGCCCUAUAAUGAAAAGGCGGACGUGUUCUCUUACGGUAUCAUCCUCUGUGAGAUCAUCGCCCGCAUCCAGGCUGAUCCGGACUAUCUUCCCCGCACAGAGAACUUCGGGCUAGACUAUGACGCUUUCCAGCAUAUGGUGGGAGACUGUCCCCCAGACUUUCUGCAGCUCACCUUCAACUGCUGUAAUAUGGACCCCAAACUGCGCCCAUCCUUCACGGAGAUUGGGAAGACCCUGGAGGAAAUUCUGAGCCAUCUACAGGAAGAAGAGCUGGAGACGGACAGGAAGCUGCAGCCCACAGCCAAGGGACUCUUGGAGAAAGGACCUGGGGUGAAGCGACUGAGCUUACUGGAUGACAAGAUCCCUCCCAAGUCCCCACGCCCAAGACGCACUAUCUGGUUGUCUCGAAGCCAGUCAGACAUCUUCUCCCGUAAGCCCCCACGUACAGUGAAUGUCUUGGACCCGUACUACCGGCCACAACAAGGUGGUGCUGCCUGCACCCCCAAAAUCAACCCUUUCAGUGCUCGCCAGGACCUCAAGGGUGGCAAGAUCAAGUUCUUUGACCUGCCCAGCAAGUCUGUCAUCUCCCUGGUAUUUGACUUGGAUGCACCAGGGCCCGGAACUCUGCCUGUGGCUGACUGGCAGGAGCCCCUGGCUCCUGAAAAACGCCGGUGGCGUUCUUUGCCUGGUUCACCAGAGUUCUUGCAUCGAGAGGCCUGUCCAUUUGUGGGCCGAGAAGAAUCACUAUCUGAUGGGCCCCCACCACGCCUCAGUAGUCUCAAGUACAGAGUGAGAGAGAUCCCGCCAUUCCGAGCAUCUGCCCUCCCAGCUGCUCCGGCCCAUGAAGCCAUGGACUGCUCCGGUCCCCAAGAAGAAAAUGGUUUUGGGCCCAGGCCCCAGGGGGCCAGUCCAUGCCUUGCAGGUGCCUCUGAGGAAAUGGAGGUAGAAGAAGAAAGGCCAAGAGGCUUGGCUCCAGUCCCUUUCUCUGUCUCAGGCAUAGGCCUGAAAACCCAGGGAAAAUAGGAUGGGUGAGAGGGGUUAGUCCCCAGCUCACCUUGGGGGUGGACCUUCCUUUGAA